AUGAAAUACAAAGUGGGCAACCAGAUGCCCUGCCUCAGCAUUGGCCACAAGCCUGAUGACCAAACCCUCCUCUGGCCUGACUUCAGUCAGGACAUCAACACUGCCCCCAACUGGUUGCUUCAAAUACAUGCGGCUAUGUUGGUUCUGGAGCAGGAGAGGGAUCACCCUGGUAAUGUGCCCAAACAGUACCAAGAAAAGUGGGUCAUGUCAGCUGUGCUAAUGGAGCUUGCGCAUGCCACUUGGCCCCACUUGAAGCAGGUCUUCUUGAAUCAGCACAAUGCAGAGAAGGAUGGUGGGAGGGAGCAGAGGAAGAAGAAAAGCUUGCACAUGACCCAGAUGUGUGGUGCCAUCACUGACUUCUGUAUCAAGCACAAUCUUGACCACAUUGCUCUUCCAGCCACACUUGUUUAUGAUGACUGGGUAUGGGAGUGGUACCAGAGUGUCCACACUAGGUACAUGAGGAAGGUUGCAGUCAAUGGAAAGCCUGGCUGCAGAGCUGGCAAGCACAUCAACCUGGGCCACACCUCCUCCCUCAUGCUGAAGGUCAAGCCAUUCAACUCCAUGCUUGAUAGCAACUGGCUUCAAACAGACUUACCCAGGUGCCCAGAUUGCAUUCACCACCCAGGGCUGCCUGCUGGACUCUCACUGGGCAUCAUGCAGCUUAUAAGGCCAUCGAUUGAACCUAUGAUGUGA